AUGACGGCGGCAGAUGACGGCAACGACGACAUCCUCUACUUCCGGCGAGGGUGGAGCAGCGUGGGAAUAGUCCAGAUUACAAUAUCUGUAAAAUCAAUUACUCCGUAUAUGAAAAUGUCACAAUCCAAAUAUAAGCAUGGAAGAACAGUUAACCACUGCCAGAGCUUCUACCUAGCCAACAAGAAUGUCCCUCAGGUUUUCCAAACAACUACUGUUGGCCUAGGGCAAUCAACCUGUGUGGGGAUUGGUGGGGACCCUUUCAAUGGUACAAAUUUUGUUGAUUGCUUAGAGCGAUUUGUUGCUGACUCACAGACUGAAGAAUUAGAGUUUGAGGCCAUUGUAAAGCAACAAAUUGAUGAUCAGUAUGUAACUAUUUGUUAUGCUAAUGCUGUCCCUCAGUGCCUAGCGUUUACUCCACCCUUCACGGCUUACUUCCUUCAAGGCUUCCAUUCAAAAGGAUGUGCAAAGAAAGAUUGGUGUUUCAACUGUGAAUUUGAGAGUUUAGUUCUAAAAGCAAAGAAUGGGAAUUCUCCGCUCUCCCCUAUCCGGAUAAUUUCCCAUUUGGAGAAUAUUGUGAGCAGUCUUGGUAAUGGGAGAGAAGAAGAUGCUCAUGAAUUUCUCAGGUAUGUCAUUGAGACCAUGCAAUCUGUUUGCUUAAAGGAAGCAGGUGUCCGUACAUCAUGCUCUUUGGAAGAGCAGACAAGUCUCAUUGGGCUUACAUUUGGGGGCUUCCUUCGUUCAAAGAUUGAGUGCAUGAGCUGUGGAGGCAAAUCUGAGAGGCAUGAAAGAAUAAUGGACCUUAUAGUUGAAUUGAUGGAGAUAUUGCAAGCCUGGAAGGAGCUUUAAAACAAUUCACACAUA